UUUGACUAAAAAUCCCUAAUAAAAAUGGUUUCAUAUAUACUAUAGUGAGCAACUCCUUCGUCAAUCUCUCUCUAUCGGCGUUUUCGGCGGAACCCAUCGGAGAAGAGGAACUCCUUCACUCACUGUAUUUGGUGUAGUGAGAGUGACAGAGCUGUCCUGUAGGUAUUUGGGAGAGAAGUAAAGAAUGAACGCACCUGAUCGAUACGAACGUUUCGUCGUCCCUGAAGGAACCAAAAAGGUUUCCUAUGAGAGGGACACUAAGAUCAUCAAUGCCGCUUCCUUCACCAUUGAGAGAGAGGACCACACCGUCGGCAACAUCCUCCGCAUGCAGUUGCACAGGGACGAAAGUGUGCUUUUUGCUGGUUACAAGCUUCCCCACCCUCUUCAGUACAAGAUAAUUGUUAGGAUUCAUACAACCAGCCAGUCUUCACCUAUGCAAGCAUAUAACCAGGCUAUCAAUGAUCUCGAUAAGGAACUUGACCAUCUCAGGAGCACUUUUGAGGCAGAGGUUGCUAAUAAGGAACAAAGAGAGUAUUAACAUGCAUCCUAUUCCUACCUGAAGUUUUUUCGUAUCGAAUUUAGAUGUGUUCAUCUUUUUGAGACCUUUUGCUUCUACUAUGGUAUUAAAUUCCAUGUAUGUAAUUAGUUGACUUUAUUAUGACCUUUCUACUAGGGUAUCAAUGUUUGUUUGUAAUUCUCCACAAGAGUAGUUAAAGACUAUUAAAAGUGUAAGCCAUGACAGUUUGUGGAAUGACAUUUGCCAAACUAACAAUGUGAAAUACUAAACUUUACAAAA